AUGGCUUCAUCAACGAUAAUUACAACACUAGCCAUUGUUCAACAACAAUUAAUUCGUUAUGGUUGCUCGGCAUGGAUCAUAUUCGGUGUACCAGGUUGUUUACUCAAUGUCAUUCUCUUGUCACGACGACAAUUUCGCGUAACAUCAUGCUGUAAUUACUUUUUGGGCGCAUCAACAAUAUUGAUCAUAACUAUAGCUUUGAGUUGUGGUACUUAUCUCUAUUCACUCAAUCAUCCAGAUCCAAUUACAACAAUACGUGCAUUUUGUAAGGCACGUCUCUAUAUAUUGCAGUCAACUAUGAUGAUGGGACGUUGGAUGAUAACUAUGGCUUGUCUCGAUCGAUAUGCAUUAAGUUCAAGAAAUGUUCGUGUACGAAGAUUUGCACAAGUACAUGUAGCACGUCGGGUGAUUCUUAUUGUUAUUGGCGUUUGGCUUGUCUUACCUAUUCAUACAUUAAUAUUCUAUGAGAUACGUGAAGCGGCUGGUAUUUGUGCUAUCGUAUAUAAUCGAGCAGCGGCACUCUAUCACAGUAUCUAUUUGUUAACUACGGGGGGUAUCUUUCCUGCAACAAUUAUGAUUGUAAGUGCUUUACUCAUUCGACGUAAUCUUGCAACCAAACGAGAUAUACAUGAACAACAGAUACAUGCUAGUAUUCUUUCUACUCAACAAAGUACUAAUACACAUCUUCAGCGUACACGUGAUCAAAAUGCAUUAGCCAUGCUAUUUAUACAAGUCAUUGUUUAUUGUAUUGUUCAAUCACCUCAAUUUAUUUAUACACUUUACGCUGCUAUAACUAGUAAUGUUCCAAAUAAGUCACCUGAUCGUUUAGCUAUUGAAAAAUUUGCAUUUUUUUCCGCUGAAUUAUGUGUGUUUCUAUUUCCUGUUUCAGCAUUCUAUUUAUAUAUAUUAGCAUCGGGUACUUUUCGAAUUGAACUAUUUAAUCUAGUACAUUCAUUAUUCAUAAUAUGUUUCGGACGUUGGAAUAUUCGCGUUGUACCUAUCAGAAAUAUGGCAAAUGCUGUUACAGAACAGAAUGAGAUACAUACGGCUUCUCAAAUAUUAUCCUAUAAAUUAAAAAGGGCAAACCAUCAACUCAUGGAGCUGCCUAACAUAAUGUCUGGUGUGCAGAUUAAAUAG